AUGAUGGGACCCCCGCGGAAAAUGCCGUCACGGCUCUCGGCGUCUAGGAUUCCUAGUUCUGACAAGGCCGAGCGGAGCUCUAGCGCACCGCCUAGUUAGAUCUUCUGAAUGUAUAAAGCUUCCCUAACUUACUUACGACUUUACAUUGGUAGUCUGUCAAAAAAUUGCGAUUCGAAUAAUGCAAUCGAUAUGAUUUUUUCAAUGUUGAAAUUAUUGCAGGGAGCUCUCAACGAAACUUUUGUGAUCAGGCGAUGCAGUUUCGACAAAAACUUUAAAUAAAGCAGUUUGAUAUCUUAAAAAAUUCUUUUUCAAUUCUUUUUCUUUCAGAAAGAACGUCUGGAGUAUAUGAUUGACAAUUGGAAACGAAAAAGCGUAUUGGAAAACAUCGAUCGAUUACUACUGGAACAAUUGAUGUGAGGUUUUGAAGGUUUUGGUUUCGAAAAUUUCUGUAAUAAGGAAGAAAAGGGAUGACCUUAUUAUUAACACUAAAUUAAAGUCAGAAAAACCUUGAUAUCAUAAGCAAAGUCGGAAAAGAUGGAAAAAGGAUCCAUAGAAAUGUUCCUUUCAGGGCGACAGAGGCUCUUUUUUUUGUGCCUUUUUGCGCCAUUUCAUCGGCUCUUAUGCACCAUUUCUUUCUGCCUCUCCCUUUGUCCACCACUUCUUGA